AUGGCUGGUCUGCAGGAUCAACUGACCAAGAUGACACGACAACAGGAGGUCUUUGCCAAAGAGACUGUCGCCCACUUACGCCUCAUUGCUGACUCCGUUUCCUCUGUAAUUGAUAUGCAAAGCAAAAGCCUGAAUCGAUUUACAGAAGACCUCUUGAUGGUCACACAAAAACUGGAUCGUCUGGAGGCAAUAGUCAGCAACCUAGAAGAGGCAGGGUUGCGGAAGGAAAGCACGCGAUCGUUGUCUCCAAAAUUGUCUCCCCACUAUCCAAGGUUUGUGGGUUCUUAG